AUGUCCAACGGCGAGCAUACGGACUGCUAUAUCGGAAUUGAUGUAGGCACUGGUGGUGCCCGUGCUUGCGUAAUUGAUCACAAUGGGAACAUUGUUGGUCUCGCAUCGCAAAAUAUCAAAACUUGGCAACCACACCCGGAAUACUAUGAACAGUCGACAACCGACAUCUGGGGCAGCAUCUGCACCGCAGUCAAGCAAGCAGUUGAGCAAUCCAAUGUGUCGCAAGCAAGAGUCAAAGGCAUCGCUUUUGAUGCCACUUGCUCCUUGGCUGUUUUCAGCAAGGAGACUGACCGGCCGGUUUCUGUCAGCGGCACAGAAGCCAAUAAUGACCGCAACGUUAUUCUUUGGCUGGAUCAUCGCUCAAUUGAUGAAACAAAAGCCAUCAAUGCAACUGGGCAUUCUGUUCUGCAGUAUGUUGGAGGCGGAAUGUCAGUGGAAAUGGAGAUGCCCAAAAUUCUUUGGCUCAAAAAGCAUAUGAAUCCAAGCGCGUUUCUUGACUGCAAAUUUUAUGAUCUUGCAGAUGCACUCACUCAUCUGGCCACCGGACAGGAAACCCGCAGCAACUGUAGUGUGAUUUGCAAACAGGGUUAUCUUGCAACUGGGUCCGACUCUCGCGAAGAAGGUUGGCAAUCGGAUUUCUUGACUUCAAUUGGCCUCGGGGAUCUUUCUAAAGAUGACUUCGAAGCACUUGGCGGCAUAAAUGGCAAGAAUGGUCAAUACCUUGGUGCUGGCGAAUACGUUGGACCUUUGACUGAAAAGGCUGCUGCUGAGCUGGGAUUGUCACCGGGAAUCGCUGUCGGUAGUGGAGUGAUUGAUGCCUACGCAGGUUGGAUCGGUACUGUUGGGGCGAAGUUCGACCAGGGACUCGCGAGUUUACCUGACCAAAGGGAAAAUGUUUUCCAUCGGUUGGCGGUAGUGGCCGGCACCUCGACAUGUCACUUGGCCAUGUCGAACAAGGAGUUUUUGGUACCUGGAGUAUGGGGCCCUUACCGGGAUGUUCUCUUUCCCGGUGCCUAUCUUGCUGAAGGCGGCCAGUCGGCUACAGGCGAGCUCAUACGGCACGUUGUUGAGAGUCAUCCGGCGUACUCGGAAGCAAACGCAGCAGCAAAAACAGCCGGCAUUCACGUUUAUGAUUUCCUCAAUGACUGUCUUCGUAAAGAAGCCAAGAAGGCACAGGUGGCUCAUAUCGCUCAGUUGGCCAAACACUUCUUUUUCUACGGCGAUAUAUGGGGCAACCGGUCUCCAAUUGCAGACCCACAGAUGAGCGGCGCAAUCAUCGGAUUAAAAAGCGACCAAUCAAUCAAUAACCUAGCUCUGCACUAUUACGGUGUAUUGGAGUUUAUUGCGCUGCAAACACGCCAGAUUAUCGAUACUAUGAAUCAACACGGGUAUGAAAUUUCGACAAUUUUCAUGUCAGGCUCCCAGACGCAAAACGAUCUGUUGGUUCAUUCCAUUGCCUCCGCUUGUGAUAUGCCAGUCAUACUUCCAAAAUACGUCCAUGCUGCUGUUUGUCACGGUGCUGCUAUGCUAGCAGCUGUAGCGGCCGGUAAGUGCUCUAAGGAAGUAUCGAAAGGUCUGUGGGAAAUUAUGGGUCAAAUGAGCAAACCUGGCCGCCGUGUGGAUCCUACCACCGAUAAGGCUGAACGAUGCCUUCUUCAGGCCAAAUAUGAAGUAUUUUUGGACAUAUGUUUCAAACAGCGAGAAUACAGGGAACUUGUUGAUCGGCGAGUCAACAGUGUGAAAGGGGACAUCAGAGCUUGUAGCUCCAAAUAG